AUGGCGCAACCAGGUCCCAUCACUGACUUGACACAGAGACUCUUUACCGAAUUGAAGUCUAAGAAUGAGGAGACCCGAAAACGAGCUGCUUAUGAGCUCUAUGAGAACGUUCUAUCAGUAUCCAGAGACUCCACUGCCGAGAAGUUCGUGGAAUUCUACAACGCCGUCAGCCAGCGGAUUGCCCAGCUCGUAGUAACUGGCAACGAUGCGAACGAGCGAAUUGGUGGUCUAUUGGCCCUUGAUCGACUCAUCGAUUUCGAUGGUGUAGAUGCCGCACAGAAAACAACUAGAUUCGCCAGCUAUCUGCGGAGUGCCCUCCGAAGCAAUGAUAAUGCGGUGUUGGUGUAUGCUGCCCGAUCGCUGGGUCGACUGGCCAAGCCGGGCGGGGCCUUGACAGCCGAGCUUGUAGAGAGUGAGAUUCAGUCGGCAUUGGAAUGGCUACAAUCAGAACGUCAAGAAAGCCGACGGUUCGCCGCCGUGCUCGUGAUUCGGGAGCUGGCAAAGGGCUCACCCACUCUCCUCUACGGGUUUGUGCCCCAAAUAUUUGAACUUAUCUGGGUUGCCCUUCGCGAUCCCAAGGUCCUUAUCCGAGAGAAGGCAGCACAAGCUGUGAGUGAGUGCUUUGAAAUUAUCGUCGCUCGAGACUCACAGGUCCGCCAAUCAUGGUUCGCAAGAAUCUACGAAGAGGCAUUGCUGGGCCUCAAAUCUCACAAUGUCGACUGUAUCCAUGGAUCCCUUUUGAUUCUUCAAGAGUUGAUCCUGAAAGGCACCAUGUUCAUGAAAGAACACUACCGGAAUGCCUGCGAAAUCAUCCUCCGCCUAAAGGAUCACCGCGAUCCUAAAAUUCGCAACCAAGUCGUCCUAACCAUCCCUAUACUAGCGUCAUACGCUCCCACUGAAUUUAUUGAGGUCUAUUUGCAUCGCUUCAUGAUAUAUCUCCAGGCCCAGCUCAAGCGCGAUAAAGAGCGAAAUUCAGCAUUCAUUGCCAUCGGUAAGAUUGCGAAUGCAGUCGGACCCGCGAUCGCUCAAUAUCUGGAUGGAAUCAUCAUAUAUAUUCGUGAGGGCCUUGCGAUGAAAUCAAGAAACCGAACAGGUGUCAUCGAGGGUCCUAUGUUUGAAUGUAUCAGCAUGCUUUCGCUGGCUGUGGGACAAACUCUCAGCAAGUACAUGGAGGCGUUACUCGACCCAAUAUUUGCCUGCGGCCUCAGUAAGUCAUUGACCCAAGCUUUGGUUGACAUGGCUCACUACAUCCCUCCCAUCAAACCCACAAUCCAAGAGAAGCUCCUUGACAUGCUGAGCAUCAUUCUCUGUGGAACACCAUUUCGCCCUCUUGGAUGCCCUGAAAAUCGCCUACCUCCCAUGCCAUCCUUCGCAAAGGACUUUUCACAACAGGAACUUCACUCCGAUGCCGAGAUUGCAUUGGCACUCCAUACUCUCGGAAGCUUCGACUUCUCUGGCCACAUUUUAAACGAAUUCGUGCGCGAUGUUGCCAUCAAUUACGUAGAAAAUGACAACCCUGAAAUUCGGAAAGCAUCGGCUCUCACAUGUUGCCAGCUAUUUGUCCACGAUCCUAUCAUCAACCAGACCAGCGGCCACUCUAUUCAGGUUGUGAGUGAAGUGAUUGACAAACUGUUGACAGUGAGUAUUGGUGACCCCGACCCAGAGAUUCGGAGCACGGUUCUAUGGUCAUUGGAUCGCAAAUUUGAUCGCCAUCUUGCACGCCCGGAGAACAUCCGAUGUUUGUUUCUGGCUGUCAAUGAUGAAGUUUUCGACGUCAAAGAAGCCGCCAUCUGCAUCAUUGGCCGUCUGUCGAGUGUCAACCCAGCUUAUGUGUUCCCUCCAUUGAGGAAACUUUUGGUCAAUUUGUUGACUGGACUCGGCUUCUCCAACACCGCGCGCCAAAAAGAGGAGACCGCACAGCUUAUCAGUCUUUUUGUUUCAAACGCAACUAAACUGAUUAGAUCCUAUGUGGACCCCAUGGUGACAGCAUUGCUUCCCAAAACAACAGAUGCCAACCCUGGCGUAGCAGCCGUCACUUUGAAAGCAGUUGGUGAACUUGCAAAUGUUGGUGGAGGAGAGAUGAGAAGGUAUCUACCACAGAUCAUGCCCAUUAUCUUGGAUUCUCUCCAAGAUCUCUCUUCUCACACCAAGCGGGAAGCCGCAUUGCGGACCCUCGGUCAAUUGGCUAGCAAUUCAGGUUAUGUCAUCGAGCCAUAUCUCGAAUAUCCUCAUCUGCUCGAUGUUCUCAUUAACAUCACCAAAACCGAACAAACUGGAACUUUACGAUCAGAGACCAUCAAGCUUAUCGGUGUUCUUGGUGCGUUGGACCCCUACAAGUACCAGCAGAUCAGCGAUGUGGAACCAGACGUCCAUCAUAUCAACGAAAUACAGAGUGUCUCCGAUGUUGCCUUGAUUAUGCAGGGUCUAACGCCAUCCAAUGAGGAGUAUUAUCCCACGGUAGUCAUCCAUACUUUGCUGCAAAAUAUCUUGAGAGAGAACUCUCUAGUCCAGUACCACUCGGCUGUCAUCGAUGCCAUUGUCACCAUAUUCAAAACCCUCGGCUUAAAGUGCGUUCCAUUCCUCGGGCAGAUCAUCCCCGGAUUCAUCCAAGUCAUCCGGACCUGCCCUCCGAGUCGCCUGGAAUCCUACUUCAACCAGAUGGCUAUUCUCGUCAAUGUCGUACGACAACAUAUUCGCGCAUACUUGCCAGAAAUUAUUGACGUCAUCCGUGAAUUUUGGGAAGUUUCAUACCAAGUUCAAGGAACUAUUCUCUCCCUGAUUGAGGCCAUCGCUAGGUCCUUGGAAGGAGAAUUCAGGAAGUACCUUGCUAGUCUGGUCCCCCUCAUGCUGGACACAAUGGAUAAGGACCAUACUACUCGUCGCCAGCCAUCGGAGAGAGUACUCCACGCAUUUCUAAUUUUCGGUUCGAGUGGCGAGGAGUACAUGCAUCUAAUCAUUCCUUCUAUUGUGAAUCUCUUCGAUCGACAGCAGAACCCUCAGGCCAUUCGCAAGUCUGGCAUCGAAAGUUUGACAAAGCUGUCUCGACAGGUGAACGUCUCCGACUUCGCAUCCCUCAUGGUUCAUUCGCUCUCACGGGUUGUAGCUAGCGGUGACCGUGUGUUGCGUCAAGCCGCCCUGGAGUGUAUCUGUGCUCUUAUCUUCCAAUUGGGACAAGAUUUUACGCAUUACAUUCAUCUUGUCAACAAGGUGUUGAAGCAUCACCAGAUUAGCCAUGUCAAUUACCAAAUACUGGUCUCGAAGCUUCAAAAGGGAGAGUCUUUGCCACAAGAUCUCAAUCCAGAGGAAAACUACGCUUUCCCCACGGAUGACAACAGUUUUGCAGAAGUUGGACAGAAGAAAAUGGUCGUGAACCAGCAACAUCUCAAAAAUGCAUGGGAUGCCUCGCAAAAGUCUACUCGUGAAGAUUGGCAAGAGUGGAUUCGUCGCUUCAGUGUUGAACUUUUGAAAGAGUCACCAUCUCCAGCAUUGCGCGCAUGUGCCAGUCUAGCUGGAAUCUACCAGCCUCUGUCAAGAGAUCUUUUCAAUGCCGCCUUUGUAUCAUGUUGGACUGAACUUUAUGACCAGUACCAGGAGGAGCUGGUCCGAUCGAUUGAAAAAGCGCUCACCUCCCCGAACAUAUCUCCAGAGAUCCUGCAAAUCCUACUCAACCUGGCUGAAUUCAUGGAGCACGAUGAUAAGGCUCUUCCAAUUGAUAUCCGCACCCUUGGCAAGUACGCUGCCAAGUGCCACGCUUUUGCCAAAGCUCUCCACUACAAAGAACUCGAGUUUGAGCAAGAUCAGAAUUCCGGUGCUGUCGAAGCAUUGAUAACAAUCAACAAUCAGCUUCAACAGUCGGAUGCUGCCAUUGGUAUCCUUCGCAAAGCUCAGGCAUAUCGCGAUGUGGAACUGAAGGAGACAUGGUUCGAAAAGCUUCAGCGAUGGGAUGAAGCCCUUGCUGCAUACAAAAGACGCGAGAAAACCGAUCCUGACUCGUUUGGUAUUACUAUGGGCAAGAUGCGUUGUCUCCAUGCUCUUGGAGAGUGGAAGGUUCUUUCGGAUCUCGCCCAGGAGAAAUGGAACCAAGCUUCCCUGGAGCACCGUAGAGCCAUUGCUCCACUCGCUGCUGCAGCCGCGUGGGGUCGCCGUCAAUGGGAGUUAAUGGACUCGUACCUCGGUGUUAUGAAGGAGCAGUCGCCAGACCGGUCUUUCUUUGGCGCUAUCCUUGCCAUUCACAGGAACCAGUUUGAUGAGGCGAAUAUGUACAUCGACAAAGCACGAAACGGACUCGACACGGAACUUUCGGCUCUCUUAGGAGAGUCAUACAACCGAGCCUACAACGUGGUUGUUCGUGUCCAGAUGCUUGCUGAGCUGGAAGAGAUUAUCACCUACAAACAGAACAUUGGUGAUCCCGAGAAGCAAGAGGCGAUGCGCCAGACCUGGAACCAGCGGUUGCUUGGAUGCCAGCAGAAUGUGGAGGUGUGGCAGCGCAUGCUCAAAGUCCGAGCUCUUGUGACUGCCCCUCGUGAGAAUCUAGACAUGUCUAUUAAAUUUGCCAAUCUUUGUCGCAAAUCUAAUCGCAUGGGUCUUGCGGAACGGUCUCUUGCUGCCCUCGAGACAGUGAUCACCGAUGCCAAUGGAACGCGCAGCUUUACGCCUCCUGAGGUCACCUAUGCGCGCCUGAAGUUUAGCUGGGCGAAUUGUCAUCAGACUGACGCUCUCGAGAUGCUGAAAGACUUUACUUCCGGAUUGAGUGACGAUCUGUCCAGAUACACCAGCCUCCAAGCUUCCCAGGCUGACCAUCAUGGUGUCAAUGGUCUCAAUGGAAUCAGUGACAACAGCCAGGCCGAUCUUUUGGGUCUGAGGCAACGAAUCAGCGAUGUCGGAAAAUUCAAGAAACUUCUUUCCAAGAGCUAUCUCAGACAAGGAGAAUGGCAAACUGCUGUUCAGAAGGGCGAUUGGAGACCAGAGAAUGUCCGUGAGGUUCUCAACGCAUACUCGGCGGCCACUCAAUACAACCGUGAUUCGUAUAAAGCCUGGCAUGCCUGGGCACUUGCAAACUUUGAGGUGGUCACGACGAUUUCCAACCAAGCAAACCGGGAGAACAAUUCAACUCCCAUCCCCGCCCACAUCGUCACUGAGCAUGUGAUUCCUGCCAUCCGUGGUUUCCUGCAUUCAAUUUCCCUGUCAUCAACCUCUGCACUACAGGACACUCUGAGAUUACUGACCUUAUGGUUUAAUCACGGUGGUGACCAUGAAGUCAAUACGGUCGUUACCGAAGGAUUCACGACCGUGAAUAUCGAUACUUGGCUCUCAGUGACACCUCAGCUCAUUGCGCGGAUCAAUCAGCCCAAUAUCAGAGUCCGUGGCUCAGUUCAUAGGUUACUUGCCGAGGUUGGCAAAGCGCAUCCUCAAGCUCUGGUUUAUCCAUUGACAGUGGCCAUGAAGUCGAAUGUGACUCGACGCUCUCAGUCUGCCACCAACAUCAUGGAGAGCAUGCGGCAACACAGUGCCAAACUAGUCGAACAGGCGGAUCUGGUGAGCCACGAAUUGAUCCGAGUUGCGGUGCUGUGGCAUGAGCUUUGGCAUGAAGGUCUUGAGGAGGCCUCCCGUCUUUACUUUGGUGAUCACAACGUGGAGGGGAUGUUUGCAACCCUGGCGCCUCUUCACGACAUGCUCGAUCAGGGGGCGGAGACUCUUCGUGAGGUAUCGUUUGCCCAGGCAUUCGGCCGGGAUCUUGCAGAGGCCAAGCACUACUGUAUGCUCUACCGUCAGAGCGAGGAGAUUGGUGAUCUGAACCAGGCCUGGGAUCUCUACUACACGGUAUUCCGAAAGAUUAGUCGACAACUUCCACAGCUGUCGAUUCUUGAUCUGAAGUAUGUCUCGCCUCGCCUCAAGGAAUGCUCAGACCUUGGCCUGGCUGUACCGGGAACAUACCAGAGUGGCCGGCCCAUCAUCUGUAUCAUGAGCUUCGAUCCAAUCUUGCACGUUCUGCAGACGAAGAAGCGGCCUCGAAGAAUGACACUCAAAGGCAACAACGGAUUAUCUUACAUGUACGCUCUCAAGGGUCAUGAGGAUAUUCGACAAGAUGAGAGAGUCAUGCAGCUCUUUGGUCUCUGCAACACUCUCCUUGAUAGCGAUGGCGAGAGCUUCAAGCGCCAUCUUUCUGUCCAACGCUUCCCGGCCAUCCCAUUGUCUCAGAGCUCUGGUCUGCUGGGAUGGGUGUGUAACAGUGAUACGUUGCACGCACUCAUUAAAGAGUAUCGUGAAAGCCGUCGCAUCCUACUCAAUAUUGAGCAUCGGAUCAUGCUUCAGAUGGCACCCGAUUACGACAGCCUCACUCUCAUGCAGAAGGUCGAAGUCUUUGGAUACGCUAUGGAUAACACUACCGGCAAGGAUUUGUACCGCGUCCUGUGGCUCAAGAGCAAGAGCUCCGAGGCCUGGCUGGAGCGGCGCACAAACUACACGCGUUCCCUGGGUGUCAUGUCGAUGGUCGGAUAUAUUCUCGGUCUGGGUGAUCGGCAUCCUUCGAACUUGUUGUUGGAUCGCGUUACUGGCAAAGUGGUCCACAUCGAUUUCGGUGACUGCUUCGAAGUUGCCAUGCACCGCGAGAAGUAUCCAGAAAGGGUUCCUUUCCGACUAACUCGUAUGUUGACAUUUGCCAUGGAAGUCAGUAACAUCGAAGGAAGCUACCGUAUCACCUGUGAGGCUGUUAUGCGUGUCCUCCGCGAAAACAAGGACUCUCUGAUGGCAGUUUUGGAAGCUUUCAUUCACGAUCCAUUGAUCAACUGGCGUCUUGGUGCCCACGAAUCCCCUGACCGAACAUCUCUUACUACUGAACGCCGCCAAUCAAUCAUUGAAGGCAUCAACUUUGAGAAUGGCGUACAGUCAAGCAACUUCUCUCGACACCGCCGACCUUCUAUUCUCGAAGGCGGAAUUCUUGAUACCCAAGAAGCUGUUCCGCCAGAGGCCCGUGAGGCGCAGAAUGCUCGCGCUCUGCAGGUUCUUGCCCGAGUCAAGGAAAAAUUGACCGGACGUGACUUCAAGCAUUACGAGGAGCUCAACAUCAGUGACCAGGUCGAUAAGCUUCUUGCACAGGCCACCAACGUGGAGAAUAUCUGUCAGCAUUGGAUCGGAUGGUGCAGCUUCUGGUAA